AUGCUGCGUCUCCAGCGCACGGUUGUGAUAGGAAAGCGCGCGUACCAUGAUCUUGUAACUUUGCCAGGUAACAAACCCAUCGUAUCUUCUGGACCUCCUGGCUACAGCGGAGUCUCUGGCCAUCGUGUCACCGUUUUUGGGUGCACUGGAUUUCUGGGAAGAUACGUUGUAUCGAAACUCGGCAAAACGGGCUCUCAGGUCAUUGUACCGUACCGCGAGGAGGAUGAAGCGCGAUUCUUGAAGCCUAUGGGGGAUCUUGGACAGAUUGUUAGAAUGGAAUGGGAUAUCCGAGAUGAGAAGUCCAUUGCAGAGUGUCUGCGGCACUCUGAUACCGUAUACAAUCUUGUUGGCCGGGAAUAUGAGACCAAAAAUUUCGAUUUUCGCUCUGUGAAUGCUGUAGGUCCGGAGAGGAUCGCAAAGCUGGCUGCGGAAUGUGGUGUAUCACAAUUUAUCCAUGUGUCCCACCUGGACGCCUCCAAAGACUCGAAGUCCAAAUUCUAUCAAGCCAAAGCUGAGGGUGAAGAACUAGUUAAGGCUGCUUUCCCCUCGGCCACCAUAGUGCGCCCGGGUCCGAUGUUUGGUUAUGAAGACAAACUUUUGACCAACAUGGCGGUCUGGCCCAUCUGGUGGAAGUUGAACCACGGUCAAACUAAAAUAAGACCUGUUCAUGUAUUCGAUGUUGCUCAAGCAUUGGUCAAUCUGUUGACCCACCCUCAAUAUUCGAAAACACUGAACCUCCCCGGCCCGUCCACCUUGUCGUACGAAUAUCUUUUGGACCUCGUUACUUCCGUGACACUGCAACCUCCUUCUCGUGCACCUGUGGUCCCCAAAGCACUCGCCAACUUGCUCGCCAAACUCGGGCAAAAUGUGUGGUGGCCCACUCUUAGCCCUGACGAGGUAACAAGAAGAUAUAUUGACGAUGCGGAUACUCCCGGAGACUGGGAGGCGGUUGGUGUCGAGCCGUCAGAAAUAGAGGCUCAUGCGAUCACAUAUCUGCGCCGUUAUCGUUCAGCGUGA